AUGGACGUUCUCGAAGUCUUAUCAUCUUUGUCGAUGCUUUUAUGCAGUAUUUUCGGUGUGAUAUGCGCCCUUAUUUUUAUCGUGAUUGUAAUACUUCAUCGUCGAUUCUGGACAAUGAUUAUUCUACUUGCAUUCAAUUCAGCAAUUGCUGGUUUGAUUAUCAAUAUAGUAUGCGCUAAUCAAGCUGUGUAUCAAUUAGAAUCAGAUGGAAAUAAUAGAUUAUGUGCAUUUCGCGGUUUUCUUCUUCAUGCUGCGAGUGGUCUUUUAUAUCAAACAGUCUGUGUACAAACAAUUCAUCGAUUGUUUGUCGUGGUUUUCUCAACACGACGUUAUCUCCAAUCGAAACAAAUGAUGAUAUUUAUUACAAUAAGUCAAUGGUUAAUUUCAAUUACUUUUGCCAUACCUGCGUUAAUUUUUGGUCGAAUUGUUUCUCAGCCAGGUAGUCGUAUCUGUCAAAUUCUUUCACAAAAUAAGAAUAAACCAUUAUUUGUCGUAUAUAAAAAGCAUUUAAUACAACAAAGAAACUACCAACUCAAAAACAAUGAAUUUCGGGCGCACGCACCUACAAACGUUUUCACCGACACGAAAAAUACUGAGUUGAAUACUGACGACCACCACGAAAUUGUCCAUUUCUACGACACAAUAUUAAAACAUUUGGUUAGAAACUGGUGA